AUGGGUAUUGUCACAGAUAUUUUUAAAGACCAUUAUAAUCAUGCAAUCAUCAAAUCAUCUUGGCGAGGUUUAAGAAGUUCCGGUGGCUGUUAUGUAAUAAUAUAUAACAAUUUUUUUUUAACACGGGUCUCGUGCAUAAAUUACUUUAAUUUAACUUGAUAAGUAUUUUUAUUAUUUUUUUUUUUUUAUGGUAUCCAUUGUGUUGUUGUAAAUAAGGAAGAUAGUAGUCACCUAGGGUAGGUGUAUAGCUUAUUUAUUCUUGGUUCCUUCACCUCGUCAAUAUUGACUUGAGUGACCUAAAAAUCUAGAUUUGUUUAUUUUUUCUCACAAACGUAAUUAUUAUAAGGUAAGUAUUAUAUGCGUUACUGAUGAAGUGAUAAACAUUUUUACCAACAUUAAUUUCAUUUGUAUAACAGCAUGUGUUGUGUAUACAGUUCUUGGAGUUCUCAUGAUUGCACAUCUAAAAUGUACAACAUCUCUUAUACUUCUUAUCUAAUGACUUCAAAUUAAUAACUUUAAUUUCGUUUUUGAAAAUAUUUACGUCCUUAUAUCUAGGUACCUACAUACUACAUACAUGGUAAAGUAAUAUAUAUUGCUAUCAAACCAACACUAUUAACUAAACUCCGCUCAAAAUCGUUUUUUAAUAGCAAUAUCUCACUUACAACAGUGACUCGCUCAUCGUGCGAAUGUAUCUUUUUUAAAUACCAAUAUUCACGGUAAAAUGUAUAUCUUAUUAAAAAAUUAAAAACCAAAUGGGAAAAAAAAGAGUGAAAUAUAUAUAAUUUUUGAAACAUCGAGUUUGAUCACGAAUUUAAAAAAAUCGGGAUGUCGUCGGUUUUACAUCAAUUUUUGAUUAAUCCAUAUUUCUUUUCAAAUUUACAUAUAUAAUAUAGAUAUGUAUAAAUUUGUAAUGGUUCCAGAAAAAAGAAAAGGUUUUACCUAUAUUGCGAACCGUUUCAACUUAAACGGUGCAGGUGUAUCUGCAAUUACACUUGCAUUAGUUAAUUAAACGUGUUAAAUUUUUUUUAGUUAUCUCUUCAGUUUCCAUUUGAAGUAGGUAACUACCUGCUUUAAUAAAGUUUGCAAUAUUUUUUUUUUAUAUUUGCAUUUAAAUCGUUUAUUCUGUUUGUACUUUUAAUAGUUAAUUAAAUGGGUAUUUAUUAUAAUGUUGCUUUGUCAACAAUAUAAUGUAUGGUAUAUAUCAUAUUAUGGUAAAAUGAUUACAAAAAUGUUUCCAUGACAACAAUGAUUGUUUAAAAAAGGUUAAAAUAACAAAAAAUAAAUAAAAACGGUUGCCAAUGACAAUCUAAUUUUUAAUCUUUCAAUCUUUUUUAACUUAGAGAACCAGUUUUUCCUCAUUAUCUCGAAUAUUAAUGAAAAUUUCUAAAAAUGACCUCUCUAAAGUAUCACCUAGAGAACAAUAAUUCCUUUCAGAAAAAAAGCUUCUAUAAUUAAUAAUAAGAGUAAGUUUUCUGGUAGAAAAAUUAUUCAUAAAAAAAAAAAAAUUUUGUAAAACCAAUACAUUCUUCGCUAAACUCCGAAGCUAAAAUUAUUUUUUUAUUCAUAUAUAAUGCGUAUACAAAGUGUAAACAUAAUAAUUUGUUUGAAUAAUUUAUUUUGAUCGUUUGAAAUGAAAUAUUCUAUAAGUAAACGAAUUAGGAAAGCCAACGAGUCUACAAGCAAACCGAGUUGCUAGAUUCUAAACGUGCAGUUCCGAACACAAUUUUGAACAAAUUUGACAACCGAUAGUACAGAUGUCGGCAGAAAUCUAAAUAAAUUAAAAAUCUCAAUUUGCAAAUAUAGUAUUAAUAGAUCAUUUUUAAAUUUUCUAAGCACUACUUAUAUUAUUAUGUAAAAAACAAUUUUUUAUUAAAAAAUACUAGUACAUAUUAGUAUUUUUUAGAUUCUGAGCGUAGCUAUUGGUUUUAUUAACAUGUUUAUUUUUUUUUGUAAUUCUUUUAGUCUGUGAACACGUUUUUACCUAGGAAACUUGCUCCGAUUUUUACCUACAGCAACUUUUCUGAAAGUUCAAGUUGUAUAAAUUGUUUAGAGAAGUUUUUUUGAGUGUCGAAAACGUACAAUUUUAGGAUUUCAUUAUUUUAUAAAAACACGGACGACGUUUUCUACCAGAACGAAAAAUCACAUACUAUAUUUUUUGUUGCCUUUUGAUUUACUUUCUUACCGUAUAACUGCUAAAACUUUUUAGCUACUUUUAAUAGCUUUUAAGAAAUUUUAAUUUUUGAGAGCUGUAAUUCGAUUAUAAAUACACGUAGAGUGUGAGGAAGGGCAUUAUAAUUAUUUUUACGUACAAUUUAACAAUAUUUUAUAAUAUUUUUCAAAAAAAAUAAAUUCCAAGUUCUAAAGCAUUUGUAAUUUAAUUUUUUUUAUUGUUUAAAACUAAUAUUAUCGGUUAUUGAACUAUAAGUUUUAGGUAUACUAUUAAAAUAUUUGAUAAGUAUGUAUAAAUUGCCACUGAGUACCUACCUUGGUAAUUACCUAAUACGUGUUAUUGUAAAGGCCAAAGACCGCGAAUUUAAUGCAUUAAACAAAUAAUAAUAAUAACAAUACACAUUAUAUAAAAACAUUUUAAGGAAUUUUAAUUUUUGGGAGAUUUUUUGCUGUAAUUUGGUUAUAAAUACACGUAGAGACUUGAAACUUGGUAAUAAUACUUAUUAAUAUAAGUUUAAGUACUUAGAUGUGAUAAAAUUUUGAAAAUUAUAGGAAGACAUUUUUUUUUUUAAUAAGCGUUUUGAAAUCAAACUUGAACGAAAAUCGCAAAAAAAAAAAAUAUUACGUCAUUUAAAAUUAUGUUACCAAACUGCGCUCGGAAUUGUCUUUCGUCAAGCAUUACACAAAGUGUCUUGACUCAUAUAUAGAAACCUCCAACAUUUAAAUACAUAUACAAUUGGAGGGGUUAGUAGGUAAAGGUAAAAGGUGUAAACUGAAAUUUUGUUUGUAAUUGAUAUUAUUUCGUAAAUCGACUCGUUUUGACGUAUUACAGCGAAUAUGUAUAAAAAAUAAAAAAAAACUUAUAUACCUCUCUAAAGAACCACCCGGAGAACAUUUCUUUUCAGAAAAAGUGCUAGACUUGAUAAUCGGAGUAUGCUUUCUGGAAGAGAAAGUGUUUACAUAAAAAAAAAAUUAAAAAAAAUUUUUUAAUACUCGUUCCAUUCAGAAUCUAAAAAAAACCAAUUCGUUUUAAACGACUAUAAAAGUACUUAUUUCUUAUGCGAAUCUAUUGAUACCAUAAAUUUGAGUUGACAACCCAAAUCGUAUAAGUAUGACAUGCAAUUUAUCGUAUUCUGCAGGUAGAUAAACUAUAAAUACUCCUGUCCUUCAGGAAAGCGGAAAGUUUAAACAUAAUUCCUGCAGGAAUAGUAGGUAUUCGUAUAAAUCAUAUUAAUGUUCUUCUAUAAUUAUUUUCAUAUUUGAACCAAAUAUACAAGUUGUGCAUUAGGUAAGACUAUAAACUAUAAAAUGCUCAAAUUUGUUCAUGAUGAGCCUUAAAAAGAUGCAGGAUUUUCGAAUAGUGGUACUUUAGAUCAACAAUUUUUCUAGAUUUCCAACCAUUUUUAUUAAAAAUUAAAUAAACUGACAAAUUAAUGAUGUUACACAUACAUUUUAAUAUGCUGAUUUCUUGACAACAAGGGAAAAUCCCAUCUGAUAUUUAUAACUUUUCCAGUUUACUAAGAUCUCCUCGUUUUUCGAUUAAAAUGGUUAACCGGUACUUUCAGUAAACCGAAUAAAUUACCAUGUUAUAUACUUAUUCUAUACCUUCCCAACUUAACAUUUACAACAGUGACCUAUUGACUAACAGUUAUGCAUUUUAGAGGUCGAUAGGGUAAAUUUUCCCCUUCCCCAAAAGCUUUUUUCGUAAAGAUAAACUAUUAUAUUAAUAAUCUAACGUCAAUAUAUAAACUAUAAUCGUAUACACCUAACAUUUUUAUUCGCUUGCUAGUUUAUGCUAAUAUUACUCUUUUUUUUUCCAGAUUGUUCAGACCUGUAUUCCCUCACAUACAUAGGUACAAAUAGCGAUUUUAAGAGUUGAGGAGGCUGGGUCUUAGCUCAGUUCCGAAUCGGGAUACCUCUAAAAAAUGUUUACUCGCUACGCUCAGUUUCAAAUACGCUAGUAUAUUAAACUUUUAUCUAAUUACAAUGUAACUGAAUAAGAAAACUUACUACAAAUGUACUAUUUCAACAGACUAUAGUCUAUGAUAGUUAGGUAUGCUUAGAACUGUUUAUUGAAUACAAAAUAUAUUACGCACGUCUACACUCUACAAGCAUCAGUUUUAUUUUUUAUUAUUAAUUUGUUUUAUGUCUUUAAAAAUAUUUAAUUCAAUGAAUGUAAAAAAAAAAAAAUAAGUAAUUUAGGGAGGGACGAUUAUUGACAUUUUUGAGUGAGCUAAGCCCCAAAGCCUCACCCCUUAUUAGAGUUUAUGUUCAGAUACAACCUAUAGGUGUAUAAUAUAUAAUAUAUAUAUGUGUAUGAAUUAUAUUACCCUCCUCCCCAAAAUGAACACUGUAAUGCACCACUGCUUACUAACAUUAACCAGUACGAGUACUGCGAGUACUGAGGAGCGUAGUGAUCGCACACCAAACAUCCGCAAUGGACUUUUGUUUAAUUUCUUUUUCGUUAAUCGAAAUGAACAGUUAUAUGUAAACUAAAUAGAUAGGUAUUUAUAUGUUUUCGUAAAUUAUUUUAUUAUUUUUACAAUAUUAUUUAUCACAAUGUGUAUAGAAAUGUGUCAUUAGGUAACCUAUUGAUAUACGAAUAUAUAAUAAUAUAAUAAUAUAGUACCAAAACAAGAAUAAAAACAAACUAUAACAUUAUAAUAUUUUCAAACCUAUAAAAUUAUAGAUACCGACUUCUUUUGAAAUCGCUUUUAAUUGCCAUAGGCUUUUGUACAUUAAUUGCUACGUUUGUAACGAAAUUGUUUAUUAUUAUUAUUUAUGAGUGUUUCUGUAUAUAAUAAUAUUAGACAUGUGAUUAGUUUAAGUGGGUACCUAUACUCAAUUGUAUUAUUAUAUUAUCUAUAAAAAAAUCAUAUACAUUUAUAUUUACGUCAUAAUUACUUUAUUUUAUUCUUUGUACCCUGCAACAGAAUAGGUUCCUAUACCUAGUUAGGUAGGAAGGUACACACAUACCUAUGUACCUACGUUUUCAUAAUAAAAAAAAAAAUUGUUUAUAAGGAGGUAAACUAUAUACUUACAAGAAAUAUAAUCUAAACAAAAGCAUAAUUAAAACGUACUUCGCAUAGAUCAAAUAUAUUUUACGAUGUAUUAGUUUUACUGUUAUAUACAAUUAUUGCUAUAAUUUGAUUAAAAACAAAAAACUAAUUUCUAAUGUUAUACAUAGAUAAUUAUCUACUUAUUUAUUGUAACAUUAGCUAUAGCCACACGGUUUCGCACGUGACAAAUCAAAUAUCCGUAGUUAUAAACACGCACCCUCCACUAUGCUCACAACUUCACCGGCAUGACAUGAUUGUCUAUCGGUCUAUCGUUUUAUGUAUAUAUAAUAAUAAUAUAAAAGCUUUUAAUUUAACUAUUUUUAUUAUGCCUGUAAUCCCGUUUUUUUUUAAAAUCUAUAUCUGCCAGCUUUAUCCGGAAAAUUUGACUUUAUAGUGACGAAUCUCUGUUGCUAACGGGUGUAUUUUUUUAUAUAAUAUAUUCUAGAUAUUAUAUUACACGGUUUUAUUUUCAACCGGUGUAAUCAAUAGAAACCAGAAAAAGAAUGAAUAAAAUGCAGUUUCAAUAUUAUUGGGCUAAUAAUCAAAGUGUCAUCUGCCCUUUUAGGAAACUAAUUCCGUGAUACAAAGUAGUCAGAGUGUGUUUUCAGAAUGUGGGCCAUCUCUUUAUAAAAUUGUAUCAUAAUAGGUUCAGCGGUUCAGUCGUGAAAAGGUAACAAACAUACUAGCAUACUCUCAAAUUUACAUAAUAAACAAUAAAUUUACAGGGUGAUUCUUUUAUUAAGAACCAGCAGUUUUCUCGGUGGAUAUGAAGUGAAUUUGAUUUGUGUGUUUUUUUUUUUUUUAAUUAUUAAGAAAUCGUGGAAAUUUUAUUUUAACAUUAUUUUUAAUUUUUUCAAUUAUUUUGUCACCCCUACAGCUUAUACAUGAAGUGAGUAUCCACUGUGGACUAUUAAAUAUCAACCUCCUCCUUUCAAUCACAGAUUCAAAUAGAGAAUAUAUUUUGUCAAGACAAUUUGAUAUGCAUAACACUUAUAUCAAAUUUACCGUUUAUGAGUUACAAUAAUUUAAAGUUAAAACCGGAGGAGUAGAGAAGAGUACUAAAUUGCAUAUCUUUUUUUAAAUGAUAAAUUGGUAACUAUCUUCUCUACUUCUAAACUUUAAACGAUUAUAACUCAUAAUGGUAAAUUUUAUACUAUAGUAUCAAACAUAUCAAAAUAUCUAGAAAAAUAUGGUAUGCUCUAUUUGAAUUUAUGAUUGUAAGGAGGGGGGGCGGAGUUGCUAUUUUAAAGCCCAAAGUGGACAAUUAUUUCAGAUAUAAGGAGUAGAUUGAAAAAAUUGAAAAAAGCGUUUAAAUACAAUUUAAACGGUUUCAUAAUGAUUAAAAAAAAAAAAAACAACAAAUCAAAUUAGAUUAAAAUCAUCUUAGAAAAUUGGUGGUUCAUGAAAAAAUAAUCACCCUGUAUACAUAUAUACUAUCUGGGCUGUCCCACCCGAAGUUGCCCACGCCAAAAUAAAUAGUACAAACUUAUCAUCCCUAUCACCACUAGGGUAGUCCCAUAAAUGCCAAUAAGGAAUGUAUUGGUUUUACUAUGAUGUAUAUUUUUUUAUAUUCGUAAACAACUUUUCCCUAGAAAUCUUGCUCCAAUCAAAACAUGACAAGAGAUUUUUUUUUUUGUUGCAUUUUAGCUCUAGUUGGUCAUAAUUAGAAAAUUCUUUAUUAAUAUUCGAUAUAAUGAGGAAAACUGGUUAUUUAGGUUAAAGAAGAUUAAAAGAUUAAAAAUAAUGGUUGUCAUUGGCAACCAUUUUUAUUUAUUUUUUGUUAUUAUUAAAUUUGUAUUAUUUUAAUCUUCUAAUCUUUUUUAAACAAUAGUUUUUGUCAUAAAAACGCACAUUUUUAAAAAAAGCAAUACUUGUGACUGAGAUCUGUUCAGAAUCGUUUUUUGUGAGAAAUGAUUUAUCAUCACGUACAGAUAUAAAUUGAAUAACUUAAUGUAUAAUAAUUUACCAUCCCGACUUUCUACCUACAGCAGUGUUUGCAUCCGUCCCCUGUAUCAGUUCUAUUUUUUUUAAAAACUUUUUUCUAUUUCAUCUGUAUCACCAAGGUAGCACAUAAAUCAACAAAAAUACCUAUAUUAUCGUAAUAAAAAUACCAAUCACCCCUUCUCCUUUUAGGAUUUGAAUACUGGGAAAAAAUAGUCAAUAUGUUAUUUUUGGUCUAGAACUACAUCUACACAAAGUUUCAGCUCAAUUCGUCUAGUAGUUUCAAAAAAAUAGUAACAAAUAUACAUACUCAAAAAAACUAUCACAUUUAUAAUAUUAAUUAGGGUAUAUACAUACAUAGGAAAUGAUAUAAGAAACGAACAUAUCAUUUACACGCAAACAAACUCCAAAUGUUGUGACAAAGUGCGUAGAUUACACUAAUACCCAAGCACUCUUAACUUUCUUAACACCUCUUAAUUCAUAAAAUGUAUAAAUUUGAUUAAUUUGCAGUUUUAAAAACAAAUAAUUGUUCUAGUAUUGUGCACGUUUAAUCUCAAUAUUUUAAGAAUUGAUACUUGAAACAUUUUUAAAUAAUAUAUAUUAAAAACGAAUAUGAGCAAUGAGUACUUGGGUAGGUACCUAUGAUUGUUUUUUCGUCGGAUCAAUUUUAUCUUGAGCAAUUGUUAAUAAAAUAUGUAUUGUUUAUAGCGCUGACGUAAGAAAAAUAUUGUAUAAUAGAAUACGCGAUUUUCGAUAAGAAUAAGUGUUAUCUUAAAGGAAACGUAUCGUUGAACCUGAACUGCUUCGUAUAAAUAGUGUAGUCCAAGGAACAUAAUAUUAUAAGUACCCGGUUAUAGAUAAAUAUACUUUUGCGACAUUGGCCGUUCCGACCUUGUAUCUAUACGUAUUCUUUAAUCAAAAAUAAAUGUACUUAGGUACGUACGUGUAUUAUAAUAUAUAGGUAUAAUAUGAAAUAUUGUAUUUUAUUUUAAUCGACAUUAAUUGAUAUGCAUUUGUAAUGAUAGUUGCUUAGGUACUUACUUACCGAAUUUGCUCAAAUGAUAUAAUAAUAAAGGCCGACUGAAACGGGAAAUGUUGAUAAGCAGCAGGUACCUGUAGUCUGUACCUACUACACUACGGCAAAGGUGAGUAGAAACUAGUGUUAUAUUAUUUUUUAUUAUCUGCCAUUUCGAUAAUAAAGACUAGUGUCCAGGGUUCAAUGUGGUAGGUAAUUACUCGUAUUGUUAACCUGCAGUUAACUACCGUAGGUGUAGACAAGUCAGUAGCGUGUCAGACCAGCUCCACUCCGGCCAUUCGAAAUUUUCAGUCAGGUUAGUACAUAAUACUAUAAUGUACAAAAUAUAAAAUAUAUUUACUUUUAUUAUUAUUAUUAUUUUUUUAUUAAAUAAUUCAAAAACUAAAACAUCAGUAGGUAUUUAUAGGGCUAUUAAAUAAUAUUUUUAAACAUCAAAUCUGUAAUUUUUAGACGUUAGGUGUUUAAAUUCGUGUGAGUUAGAUCAUCAACAUUAAAUUCUUUAAACGUUUUUAACAUGAAAUUCACAUAGGGAUUAUCGUAUUAUUAACUUAAAUAAACUUCUUUUCGCAUAUUAGAAAUAUCGACAUUUUUCCAAACAACUGUUUAUUAUUUUAUUUAAAUUUAUUGUCAAAAUUACUAUUUUUGAUUAAAUUGAUAAAAUUCGAAUACAUUUUUAUUCAAAUCCAAUAAAAAAUUAUUAUAUCAUGUUUUCGAAUUAUUUUAUGUUUUUUUUUUUUUGACAGAUAUAUUAAAUAAUUUUAUGUUAGACUCCCUCAAAUUAAUUUAUUAAUGGGUUAAUCAUUUUUAUUUUCUAACUUGAUACACGGGUUUCAAGUAUCUAAUUAAUAAUUUCGGAAAAGUAAGUAGUCAAUAUACCUAAUACCAAAUAAAAAUUUGAUUUUCAUUUCGUUGAUUUUCGAUGAGUGAUAUAUAUUAUUUAUAAUUUCAAUAUUAUGAGGGCGUGAUACCCGCAUGUAUCGUCUUCGUCUUAAAGAGAAAUUUAUUCGAGUACUUGAAAUAUCACCAUUAAAUAACGCUUAUAUCUGGCUUGAAAAUUAAAUUGUAUUUCACAGAUUGCGUGUUCUUAUCUUUUAUGUUAGGUCAAUUCACUCUUACAUUAAAACAAACAGCACAAGAUUGUUGCAAGUUCAUGCUAUGCCGUACAUUUGUAAAACAGCAGAUGUGGGUAUCGCGUACUCUUAGUUUGAGUGCAAUUCGAUCAAGACGUGUGGAUCAAUAGUUUUAGACUCUGAGCGUAGCGAGGGAGCUAUUUGAUUUACUAAGAUGUUUAUUUUUUUUUUCUUAUUAUUUUAGUCUGUGGACACGUUUUUUCCUAAUAAAUUUACUCCGAUUUUUACGUGUAGCAACUUUUCUGAAAUCUCAAGUUGUUUAUAUGGUACUUUAAAGAGGUCUUUUUUGAUUUUCGACGCCAUUUUUUCAAUAAAAGCACUUAAGUGGGGAAAAAAAGUAGAAAAAUGUACAAUUUCACGAUUUCAUUAUUUUAUAAAAUCACGGACGACGUUUUCUACCAGAAAAAAUGAUUUAAUCGAAAAAUCACAUAAUAUAUUUUUUAUUGCCUUUUUAAUUUACUUUCUUACCGUAUCAUUGAUAAAACUUUUUACCUAUUUUGAGAGCUUUUAAGGAAUUUUAGUUUUUAGGGAUUUUGUUGCUAUAAUCCCGUUAUAAAUACACGUAGAGACUUGAAACAACUUGAUAAUAAUACUUAAAUUGAACUUACCUAGACGUGGUAAAAUUUCCAAAAUCAUAAACGAUUCUUUUUUUUUAUCAGCGUUUUGAAAUCAAAUUUAAACGAAAAUCGCAAAAAUUAUGUAUUACCAAACUGUGCUCAGAAUCGUCUUUCGUCAAGCAAUGGUUUAUCGUUGCUUACAGAUAUAAAUGAAAUAACCAUAUGUAUCCUACCUUCCCAACUUCUCAACUAUCAUAAUGGCCUCUCCCAUUCCCAGUAUCAGUUCUUUUUUGAAAUUCUUUUUACGUAUUUCCUUUAGUAUCAGUAAACAAACAUUGUGAUAUAGUAGGUUAGUAGUAUAAGUAUAGAAUUGAAUAUUUUGUCAAGUAAAUUGUGUUAGAAAAAUCGUUUUUAUUUUCAUAAACAAGUAUACGUGUUUUCUUAUUUGAGUAUUUUACAAAAGGAACCAAUGUAAUUUUAGAAUAUCUUUUUUUUAAAUCAAAUAUUACUUUGUAUGCGAAUUGAAAGUUUAAAUUGCGAUAGUAUUUGAAUUAAGUUAGUAGGUAGUAGAUACUUGAGCAUACGAUUUUUCAGGUUUCUUAAUUCGUAAUACGCAAACUGCUCUGUGCAGAAAAUAAAAUAAUAAUAGUAGCUACAAAUAGUUCCCUUUAUUUCCUUAAAAAUGUACAACACUAGGAUUACUCUACGAAAGCUAUAAAAUGUUGUGAACUUAUACUUAAAUCCGGUGAAAAUACAAUCUUGAUAAAGUACAGUGACAACGGCGGAUUUAACUAUGCCGGGGUGUUAACGCGAACAAAAAAUACUACCUUUUUUUACCUAUACACGAACGAAUUGUUUUAUUUAAUGUAUAUAAUACAUAUAUUUUUUGGUUAGAACUUUUAUCGUUUUCGGAAUUAUAUCAUGAAAACAUAAAACAUUGUUGUUUCUAAUACAAUUAUUGGUAUUACGAAAUAAUGUCUUUUAAAAUUGAAAAAUUGGACAUAUUUCAUCGACAAUAUAAAGUACCUAUUGAAAACAUUUUUUGUCCAAUAGUUUUUCUUCUAAUGCGGAAAGAAUAUACGCCUCUGUUGCAUGUAUUUGUACUUGUAUAUUAUUUAUUAUUAUAAGUUCUAAAUUAUCAUUUUAAAGGGUAAAGCACACUAUUUAAUAUAAUAUAUAAGGUAAAAUUCUGUUACUCUAUCGGGACUUAAGAACUCGAAAUUGGUAAACAAUAUUAAUCGUUGGUAUAACAUAACUAGGAUACCAUAUUGGUUGAAAUCAGAAAAAUUGACAAAUUUGUACAAAACAUAAAAUAACGAUGUCUAGUCAGAUUAGUAUUUAUAAUAUUAUCAAAUACUAUUUGAUAAUAUUACCUAUAACGUUUAAAAAUUUGAUUAAUUAUAUAUACAAAAAUGUAAAAUUUUAGAUUUAUAUAUAAAGUAUCACAUUUAUAUUUGACUGUUAUGUCAGCCGUCCAUCUAUAUAAAAAAAAAAAAAAACACGAGUAGAUAUUUAUUAUAACUCAAAUUGUCAAAUUGCUAUAGCUGCUUGUUAUGUACAAUGUUAAAUUAGCGGUUUUUUUUUUUGGAUUUUACUCUAAAUUUUUUACUGAAAUAUGUCGAUUACUAAAUAAUAUUUAUAAUUUGUUUUGUAUAAUAACCUGGGGAUAUCUGUAUAAAGAUAUUUCUUCGAGUUACACAAUACUAAUUGUUGUUGUUGAUAUAAUAUUUAAUCAUCACUUGAUAUUAGCAGCAUUUAUCAACGUUAUUUUGAUGACUUUUAUGUAUUAUUCUUUUGUAUUUUCAUUUUUUAGGACGCUAUGAUUUUAGGACGGCAACAUUGCAGUAAACUGGCAGUCAUGUCUAACAGUAUUCGCAUUUGUAGAUGUUUGAAAACGAACACGUCCACGGGCAUUCGCCAAUGUGGCGUCAGGAGAUCCUACAGCCAACUAUCCGUAAAUUAUUUUACGAUAUUAAAUUCUUCGAAAAUCAUUGGUACCUAGGACUUGGGGUGUAUUAAUAUUUUUUCUUUUUGAAAUUUCAGAGUAUGCAGUUGGAUUUAAAACGCGCGUUGCAAUCGGCUGAUUCGCAUUCGGUUAACGGAACGACGUUUUCGGAUAGGACACAGUUGAAAUACGCGCGGAGGCUGGUAGUGAAAAUGGGUAGUGCCGUAAUCACGAGAGAAGACGAACAUGGAAUUGCUCUUGGUCGAUUGGCAUCGAUUGUCGAACAAGUACGUAACUACACUCACUUAUCUGACUAAUAGUGUCAAAGUGUUUGCACUUAUUAUAUUUAAUUGAAGUCUGAUGAAAUUCUUUAAUAUUAUCUAUUACGUAGUCGAUGUUGUAUAUAUAUAUUUUUUUUUUGUGAUUUCAAAGAUUUUAAAAUCUGCGAUAAUUUCCCGAACUGCAGUAAUGUUUGUAUUCGAUUUACUUUUAAACGUAGUAUUCAUAUCAUAAUACGAAUUUAUUCGAAAUCUAAUAGUCCUAUAUGCUAAGCGAGAUCCGUUAAAUCGGUUACACAAGUCAUAGCUUAAUAGUAAUAUGAAUACAAAAUUUUAUUUACAAUAUUUCGCGAUUUUCAGCGCAUAUUAAUCGGUUUGUAUUACCGAAAAUUUCGAAAGUUUUUCACGUUUAUUAAUGCUUUUUUAGCGCAUAAACUUGGGAGCCAUGUUAGUGAUUUUUGGUAUUCGUUUGGAUAUCAAAAACCCUUUUGUUUAUAGGCAGGCACAUUUGUUUUUAUACUAUGCAGUAACGUAUCUGAGAAUUUUAUUUGUGCGGAAAAUCGUUUUGAAUUGUUCAUACUUUUAAUCAAAAUCAAAUAUAUAGGUAUAAUUACGUUUUCGUUUAGUUCUUAUUCGUCCACACCCGAUCAAUGUUGUAUUUCUCUGCUAUUAUUAGCACCACUAAUGCGAGUUAAUAAGAAGUGAAAAACUGAGAUAAUAAGCGAAGUUUGAAGAAAUAUCGGGGUGUGCUUUUAAAAAAACCGGGAUUAUACCUAUACCUGUUAUGUAUUAAAUGCAGCUGUAAAAAACGACUGCAAGUCCCGACAAUAAUGGCACACGCACUAUAGAAUGUUAAAUUACUACUGGAGUUGCACGGACAGGUUUAUUGUAUAAAAUACAAAUAUAUAAUUGUAUAAUAUAAUAAUAAAAUCGACAUUUUCAAGAGGGGGCGAGUACCCCGUUUGUCCCACUCUUAACUACUCCUCUAUGAUAAUCUUCAUUUUUUUUCUUCCUUAUGAGUCCCAUUGAGAACCAUUGCUGCCAUUACAAAACCUCUCCAGUUUUCUCUGUCGUAUGCCUUGUCAAAAUUCGUAUUUUCUUUUAUAUUUUCGAUGUCUUGACUUAUAACAUCUAUUCAUUGGGUUCUGGGUCUUCCUAAUAGUCUUUUUUUUGUUUAUUAUGUCCACCGAUAUUUCUUUCACAAUAAGUCUAUUCGCUCUCUCCAAACACGUCCAAACUAACUAGACAUUUGCUUCUCAUGUAUGAUAUAAUAUAUCUGGCCUGUUAUAGAGUUCCUGUAGUUUUUGAUUUUUUAUUUUUUCGAACGUUUGCAACUCUGCGUUGUAUCUUAUAUGUGGCCAUAUAUGUUUCUCACUAUCUUUCGUCAGAAAGUUAUUAAUUUUCUGCAGUCCCUUUUGGUAAGUGACCAGGGUCACUAUAUUAUGACGUAUUGAUGCGAUGUUAUAAUAUAUUAUAUAGGUAGCCGAGUGUCACCAGGACGGCCGCGAGUGUAUCAUGGUGACUAGUGGGGCGGUAGCGUUCGGAAAACAAAAAUUAACCCAGGAGUUACUCAUGUCGCUGAGCAUGCGAGAGACGUUGUCGCCGAACGACGCUGUCAGGAAGGACGCACGAUUGUUGCUCGAACCCAGAGCGGCCGCGGCCGUCGGCCAAUCCGGUCUCAUGUCACUGUACGACGCCAUGUUUUCACAGUACGGCGUCAAGAUUGCCCAAGUGUUGGUCACCAAACCCGAUUUCUACAACGACAAGACGCGUAAAAACUUGUUCAGCACGCUGUCCGAGCUGAUCAGCAUGAACAUCGUACCGAUCAUCAAUACGAACGACGCGGUGACACCGCCGCCGCAAGAUGACGAGCUCAUCAAAUCCAAAGGCAAAAAAGUGCGCUAUUACGACUUACACAUACAAUUACGACCGAUUAUAUAACGGGCUAUGAUUAUAAAUUAUAAAAAUAAUUUUAAAUUAUUAUAAAAUACGCACGCUUUAACAGUAAUAUACUUACCGAUACAUAAUAUUAUAUAGUUGACCAUAACCGUAUUAUGCAUGUAAGUAUAUUACAUAUUAUUGUUUCAGUGAUAAUACUGCAGAUUACUAUUGAUUGAUAUGUGAUAUUAUUGUGUUUAUUGUACAUAAUAUGGUUUAGAAAUAUUUCGAUACCUGUACCCACCAAGCUGCAAUAUUAAAAUUUAUAAUCAUUCGUUUUGAUAUAUGUAUAUAUUUUUAUUAAACAGGGUUUAAAAAGUAUAUUUGAUAAACAGGUAAUUAGUAUCAAAGACAAUGACAGUUUGGCCGCCAUGUUGGCCGCCGAGGUGAAAGCCGACUUACUUUUGCUGAUGUCCGACGUGGACGGUAUCUACACGCUUCCGCCGAAACAAGAAGGAGCGAAAAUGAUUUGGACGUACAACAGUGACAUGGCGGACAUAAUACAGUUUGGAAAAAAAUCCACCGUCGGCACAGGGGGCAUGGACUCCAAGGUGAGUCGACUUCGUUAUUCAAUCGCGCGAACAAUACUACUCGUUUAGAAAAAUUGAUCGGCUUAGUGCAACGUCACAAGUACACUUUUCUAAACGAGUCGUUCGAAUAAGGAACUACGGGAUUCGUUUUGUUUUUGUCUAAAAUUUGAUUAAACCCGACAAGUCCUGAUCACUAAGAAAAUAGUGAUUUUCUACGCGUUUUGUAUAUGGAUUUGCAUUCUCGUUGCACCAGAUUAUGUAGUCAUUAAUUGUAUUAAAAGGUCAUUUUGGACUUUCCUUGUUUUUGUGCUGAGCCCUCAAUUAAAAAAAAAAAAAAAAACAGUUAGGAUAAUUACAUUUAUUUAGCACUUAUUAACGGUUUAAUCGGUAUAUAAUAAUAUAACCAAGACAUAAUAUUUUAUAGUGAUACAUAUAAUAUUAUCUAUAUUUCUUUAAAUCGGAUAUUUCGCAAUAAAACGUGUGUAGAAGACCUUUGGACCGUUUAUAUUAACAGUAUUUGUAUACAUUAUAAUGAAUCAUGUGAAUAUUGUUGUUGUUUUAGGUACAAGCAGCCACGUGGGCGCUUAACAGAGGCGUAUCCGUGAUUAUCUGUAACGGGAUGCAAGAAAAAGCCAUAAAGUCUAUUUUGGCCGGCCGGAAAAUCGGUACAUUUUUCACCAACGCUCCGACCGCUAAUACCGCUCCGGUCGAAACGCUAGCUGAAAACGGUACGUUGGCACUUUCUAAUCGCAAUAGGAUGAACAAGUUUAUGAAAAUAACACAAUAUGUCGACGAAACGGACUCAAUGCCAAAUUUCGACAAUUAAUAUUAACGAUACCGAAUUUAUAGUAAAUCAAUAAUCACUAUCGAGUUACUUAGCUACUAUUCAUUUUAAACGAUUAUCGAUUGAGUUUUUUAAUUCGACUUGUGUUUAAAAUGUUACAAACGUCCAAUUACAUCAGUUUGAAUAAAUUAUGUAUAAUAUUUAUAGGUACACAAAAAUUUUUAUCCGUGAAAUUAUCCCAUUAUACAUAUUGUUUAGGUAAUUUAUAACUCGAAAGUUAAUUAUUAAUUUAUUGCAAAUUUGGGAUUAAUUCCACGUAUAAAACUAAAAUCCAUAUCGUCAAAAAAAAAUUCGCUUUAAUUAAAAUAAUUAAAAGUUUAUUAGUUUUUUUCUCGUAUUUUUCGUAUAUCAAUCGGGUAAACUAUAUGUACUCAUUAUGUAUAGACGAGUUAAUAAUAAACCAUUUUAUUCUCAAAGUACAAACUAAAUCAAUUUAACUUUUUAACCAAGAGAAUUUUAGUAUACUUCUAUAAUACAGAAUGAUUCACAUAACGUAAAACACUCGAUAAGUACCAACUUUUUUCGAUAUUUAUUUUUUAGAACAUUUAAAAAAUAAGAAGCUCAAAAAUGUUUCAUUACACUUUUUUUUCCACCCUUAUUUUAGUUAGGUGAAUCCAUUACCUACUUAUGAUUUCAAAUGGUAACACAAAUUAAAAUUUUUAUCAACAUCCUAUUGUGAAACCAGCUUUCUUUCGUUAAUUAAAUUUAAAAGUGAAAUCCGAGAUGUUUCACUUUUAGACGGAAAUUAUAAAUCUCAACACCAUAGUUUAUUAAAACCAAUACUCCAUCUAUUUAUGGAAUUUUUAUUAUAAGUUGCCAUUUGAAAAUAAAACUAGGUAGUGGUUACACUCCUUUAAAGUGCGAUAAAAAACAAUCGAAAUGUAACAUUUAAGCUAUUUACUUCUUAAACUAUUAAAAAAAAAACGAAAAAAGUUAAUACUUUCCGAGUUAAUGAUAGUGUCUUACGCGUUAUAUCGAUUUCACAAUAUCAUCACCACGAAAAUAAUACCUAUACGCUAUUAAUUAAUUUGGCUACUAUCGCGAAAUCGAAUAUUUAAUUUGCACGAAGAAGGUUGGAAAAUGGUAAAAUUAUUUUAAUGAUAAGAUUUUUCCACUGAUUUACUGUCCGAUGUCCAUUUUAAAGGGUGGUAUGGUCGUUUUUUCAACGUUUUAGACCGAUAUACUGCAGUAGUAAAAUUCACCCACUACCAUUAACUCAAUUUUAAUUUUUAAAAAAUAUUUGAAUUUUUUAAUGCCUUGUUUAUGGUUUGAAGAAAAUAUUUUAUGGGUUUUUAUUUUUUAUUACGUAAAUUUAGUUUAAAUACUUGAUGAGUUCAACUUUUAUUUUAAAAAUAAACUAGUAUUUAAUUUUACCACAUAAACAAAUUAAAAUUAAAAUAUUUUCGCUAUACGAAACAUAGAAAAAUAAGUAUACGAAGUUGAAUCAUUUUUUAAAACAAAUAUUGUACUUCUGAAAGUAUAUUUAUUUUAUUCUAGUUUAUUGGUCUAAAUGUAUGAAUAAACAAAUCGUUUUAGACUGCCCGUAACUUUUACCGAAACUAUAAUUAAUCUAUGACGUGUUAUAAAACUUGAAUGCAAUUUUACAGCCCGUCAUGGAAGCCGUAUAUUGCAAAAGUUACCGGCCGAAGAUCGAGCCAGAGCCAUUUACACUUUAGCGGAUUUACUGAUUAGCAGACAGGCGUAUAUUCUGGAUGCUAAUGAAAAAGACAUUGCGAUAGCUACUAAAGAAGGCACGGCCGCUCCUUUGAUCAGUCGGUUAUCGUUGACAUCAGCUAAACUUAAGAGUCUGGCCAUAGGUAACAUUUCCUAUCCGUAAAUCAUGACACUCAGUGACGUAUUCAAGGAAGGGGGUCCAUAGUUCUUUAUGUAUGUCGUACUAUUUUACGAUUUGAGUGUUAACAACGUUUUCAGUUAAUUUUUUCACUCCCUAAAGUACUUGUUCUAUACCAAGCCGUAUGAAAACGUAUUUAAGGAGGAAUACUAUGUCAGAAUAUUGAUCCAACGGGUUAAUUAAUAAAAAUGUUUUAAUUUUUGCCUUUGUACAAAAUUCUCCUGGAAAGUUAGACCAUAAUAAUACAUACGCAUAUCAUUAUUUGUAUUCUAUUAUUUCAUUAUUAUGUUUUUGAUAUUUUUUUUAUUACUAUUUAAAGUAUUCCAUUAAAUUUUAUGAACACAUUUCUACGGUUUUUUUUUCUGUGGGGAAGUCAAAACUCUAACUCCACCCAUUUCCCAUAUCUUAAGCAAAAUCAUAUUAUCUAACCCCCACUAAUUCAAAAUUUUGACUACGUCACUGAUACUGCCACAAUGUUUCAUUUUAUUAGUAUAGAUGUCCUAACUAACACCAAUUUUACUAUUUUUAUCGUAUCAAUAAAGGUCUUAAGCAAAUCGCUGAGACCAGUCACACGAACGUCGGCAGAGUAUUAAAGAGAACGAAAGUCGCCGAAGGAUUAGAUUUAACUCAAGUCACGGUACCCAUUGGUGUUCUUCUUGUCAUUUUCGAAUCUCGGCCCGAUUGCUUACCGCAAGUAAAUAUAUCUUUUAUUUGUCCAAAACACAAUCCAAACACAAUUUGUACUUGAAAUCGGUUAAUAAUUAUUAUGAAUAGUGAUAUCUAUCACUAGAGGUAGAAUAAUAUUAUAGAAUUUUUCACAAUACUGUUUUUGUAAUUUAUUUUCAAUAUUUUGGUAAUAUAUUAGGUAUAAGUAAAUAUUAUAAUAUCUAUCUAGUAUCUAACAAAUGACUGACAAAUUAAUUACACGAUAUUUAUACACGCGUGUUUAAACAAACAAAAUAAAUGUCGGAUCUACAAGAGAGAGAAAGAGAUAGAAGGAGAGAUGAAGAUUGAUUAAAAAAACAAUAACCUCAAUAACACGAAUAAAACACAAAUACAAAUAAUAAUAUUCGCUUGUAAUAUUUUCAAUUAAAAUGCGGGAUGUUUUUUAAACCGCAGAUUUCGUAAAUGAAUUAAUUCAUAAAACGUACGUAAAUGUUUUUGUUAAAAAAAAGAUAUUUUUUUUAUUACAUACCUAUUUAAUUUGUUUAAAUAAAAUAUGUAUUUUAAAUUAAUACGUAAGGACACAGACACAAAUUAUAAUAGUAUAAUAAAAAAUCGGUUUUAACGCAAUGAUGACGAGUUUUAAUUUAAAAAAAAAAAAAAAAAAACUUAAUCUGUAUUUAAUAGAAAAUACUAUGCAGGUAACAGCUAUACAUCUUAUUAAAAACCGCAUUAGGUACAUAAUACAUCACGUUAGUAAAAAAAAUAAAAAUAAAAAAUAUUUACAUAUACAUAUGUGGUACGUAUUGAAAAAUCAGCUUGUAUUUUAUUUAUUCAUCGAAAGGGACUGGAGCGUUUGAAUUUAUAAUGACUAAUGCGUAAAUUUUCACGUAUACCGAACAAUAAUUUAUUAUGUCACCACCCCGUUGUGCCAUUUUCAACACAUCGAAUAAUGUAUAAAAUGUUAUUAUAUUAUACGAAAAUGACUUUUGUGGGCCUACAACAGGUGGCUGCUCUGGCGUUGAGUUCGGCAAAUGGACUUUUAUUGAAAGGAGGCAAAGAAGCAUCGCACAGUAACAAAGCACUCAUGGAUGUUGUCAAAGAAGCUUUGGCCACGGUCGGCGCCCAGGACGCCAUAUCCUUGGUGAAUAUUAUUCAAAGUCAAGUUUCACGACACGUCACUAUAAUAAGGCGAAAAUUAUUACGAUGACUAAUAGUGUUUUCUGCACAUUUACUGCGGGAAAACAUAAUAAUAUUGUUAUAAUAUUGGUCAUAGUAGUUAAUCGUAUUUCGAAAAUGAAAUCUCGUGUUUUUUUCCCCCCAUUGUCGUCUCUAAUAGUGAUUUGAAAACUCGUAAUAUUAUUAUUUUAUACACUGACGUCUUUUUCCGUUUCUAGAUGUUUCUUUUCCUCGUCAAAUGUUUGCUGCACAUCUCCUCGCCUCUCUUUCAUAGCUGAAUUCCUUUAUGUCCUUAUAACUAUCCAUAUUCACGGUUAUCGAAAUUGUGUCUCAUGUAUUCCUUGGCCUUCAAAGCCCCCUUAUAUGACGCUCUUUAUCAAACUAUCGUAAUGCGGUAGAUACCUUAUCAUUUUUUCUCUUUUGACUUUAAUAUUAUGUUGAAGUUAUCGUUUUUCGUGAAAAAUGAAACACAUUUUGUUCAGUACUACCUGGUUUAUUAUAUAAACUCUUAAUGUUCAUUGAAUCUUAAAUAUUUUUUGACCGCAUUUUAAAAGUAUCAAUAUUUCUUUUGUCUAAAGUACCAAGUGUCCUAGUUUCGCACCCAUAUAGAGCCGCAUAUAUUCCUCACAUCAUAUACUUUCAAGAUCACUAUUGGUGAUCACUAUUGGUGGUGGAUCACACGUGGUCAGUAGAUAAAAUUUUUAUUCCGAAAAUUCUUCUUUGCUUUUGCUAUUCUACUAAGCAAAUAUUUAUAAUAUUAAUAUAGGAACAUCUUUUAUUUACUUAUUCGUUUAAAUAGAAUAAUAAUUUCAAACGGUACACUCGUAGGUAUCGACUCGGGAAGAAAUCAGUGAUUUACUGGCUAUGGAACAACACAUCGAUCUGAUUAUUCCCCGUGGAUCUAGCGAUUUGGUCCGUAGUAUUCAGGAUCAAAGUGCACACAUACCUGUCUUGGGACACGCCGAAGGAAUUUGUCACGUAUACGUGGACAAAGACGCUAAUCUAGAAAAAGCUUUGACUAUAAGUGAGUAGUAGUGGUACCUACUUAAUUUUAUAGAGUACAUAUUUUUUCUAAUCUAAUCAGAAACGUAUGUACCUAAUUGUAUGUUUUAUGUUUAAGUUCGCGAUUCCAAGUGCGAUUACCCUGCCGCGUGUAACGCUAUGGAAACUCUCCUGAUUCAUGAAGAAUUAUUCGGCGGACAAUUCUUCAACGAUGUCUGCGAUAUGUUAAAGAAAGAAAAUGUAAAUAUUCGAUAAUUGUUGUUCAGAAUUUAUAAACUUUAAUUUAAUUUUAACGUACGACUCGUAUUAAAAAUUUGUAUUGAAAAAUAGAACACUAUACAAGAAUUAGAAAAUGUUUAAUAUAUAUAGCCACUUCACUAACUCCUUUAGAAAAUUAAAUACAAACCGUUUUAGUAUAAUUUAUUUUCGCGAGAACUUCAAUAUAUAGGUUCUAUUUGUGCACUGCAAUUUUGAUUGCGUUUCUAGUGAGUCAAUAUGUGUAUUAUUAUUAUAUUAUGUUUGUGAACUAUGUUUAACAGUUAUGUUACACAUUAGUUACAAUAGGUAUUAUUAAUAUAGUAUAUUUUGUUAAGAAUAUUAUGAUUCUACACAAACUAUUUUACACAAUUGUAAUUUUAAUAAUUGCAUAGCUCAUUUAUUAUAGCGUAUUUUGUUUGAUUAAUUUCUAGGAUAAAUAUAGUAGAAAAAAAAAACAAUAAAAAACACCGCCCAACAAAUUUCGUUAAAUUUCAAAACUUACAUGCCAUUAUAUUUUAUUAAUAUCAUUAUAUUAUAUCUAUUUUGUGAUUAAAAUUAUAAUAAUACACUCGAUUUAUACACUGACUUAAAUUAAUUAAAAUUAAUAAUAAUAACCGAAUUAAUAUUAUUUAUAGUAUCAAUCAAUGUUUAAUCUUGAACUGUAUUGUCUAUAUUAGUUAAGGUUAAAAAUGAUUGUCGAUUGGACACUUAUUUCGUGUUGAUAACAAUAAAUGUCGCUUUUUAUAGGUACAAUUAUUUUCCGGUCCGAAACUAUCAUCGCGUUUGACUUUUGGUCCUCCCAGAGCCAAGUCUCUAAAACAUGAAUACGGCGAGUUGGCAUGCGCUAUCGAGCUAGUCUCUGACUUGGACUCUGCUAUCAGUCACAUACACACGUACGGAAGUGGCCACACAGAAGUCAUCAUCACAGAAAACAGUAGGCUUUUUACAAUUAUGCUAAUGAUAUUGCAAAGUAUUGUAUAAAUAGCGUUAACAUUGAAUAUUUGUCUUUUGAAAAUUAGGCGAUGCAGCUUCAAAAUUCCAAAGAGACGUUGAUAGUGCCUGCGUGUUCCAUAAUGCCAGUUCGAGGUUCGCCGACGGCUUCAGGUUUGGUUUGGGUAAGUAAUUUAUUGAUAAUAAUAGAUUUUCGUUAAUCUCAUGUAAGUUUAUUUAAAAACGUAAAUCGCAACCAGAAUCAGAGCAAAAUAUUCGUAUAUUAGGCAUUAUUUCAAAUGCAUUUUAACGUAUCAUUUUAUCAUAUUUCAACUAUAAUAACUAGACAAAUAUAAUUUUUUACCAAUUAAGAUUAUUAACUAUAGUAACUUUUCUUAAUUAAUUUACUGCCGUUAAUGGAAAUUACAAUUUUAGCAUUCGAACAAAAUGAUUAAAUAAUUGUUUCCAAAAGCUCGCAAGCCUAUAUCAGAGAGUGGAGACUUAAUAAAUUAAUAUAAAAUCAUGAUACCUAUCUGAUUGAUGUGAAAGUUGUAACUACAGCUUCUUCCGAACAAAUGAAAUGGUUUUUAUCUUUUACGUAUAAUUUUCGAAUGAUUUAAAAACAUAAUUCAUCCAUAAUAUUAUAAAAAAAUUGAUAGUAGAGUAUUAUUUAAAAUAGAACUUAUAGGUAAUUCAACUCUAUUAAUCGUUUGACUUAUUGUUAUCAUCUCGUAAUUUGUAAUUGUCAUCAUUAAAAAAUGUAGCUUAUCCACUUUUUUUUAGAUACUUAUCUGAUCAAUUGAGUGUAUUUUUUUUUUGUUAAUAUGCAUACCAAGAAUCAUUAUUACGAAAAUGAUUAACUGUUUGUCUUAUGUAAUAUUUAAUUAAUUUAUUAUAUAGGUAUCUAGUUGUAAAAUAUAAUCUAUAAAAAAGUUUAAAAUUUACUAAACGUAUUAUUUUGUGAACUUUAAAAGGGUUAACAUAUUCAUUUUAAAAUUUAUUGCAUAACAGUAAAACUUACAUGCAAUUGAUUUGGUCUAUCGUGAUAUUGAAUAAUAAAUAGAUUAAUAAUAACUGGUGGGAUAACGUGUGGUGAACUAUAUUAUAAUAAUUAGCAUUUCGAUAACCAGCGAUUACAAAUUACAUUUUUUUUUUUAUAAUAGCAGUAUAUGGGUAUCUACAUAUUGAUAAUAAUAUUGUUUACUUAAAUUGUCUGUGGAUCAUACAACGAUUGGAUAUUCGUUUAUGUUGCACAUGUUUUUACGGAGGAGUAUUUACAUUGGCAAACAUUGCAUUUACCCUACGAGAGGGGGAUUGAACCCUUUCAUCUACAUUUCACGUAAUUUUUGCAAUCGCAGAUGAAUAAACGUCCUUCAAUUAGAAAAUGUAAAUUAUAUCUCUAUAUUAAAUAUACAUAAUAAUGCAUGACUGUAAAACAAAAUAUGAUUUUCGGUUCUUCUUCGUUUAACAUACUUAACUCACAAAUGAUUUCAUCUGAUGGUGUAGUAAUUCAAUAUUUCGAUUACAUACACGAUAUUCAACGAUGGAAGUUCGACGAUUAAUACGGAAAUUAGGCAUAUACGUAAAAAACAAAAAAAAAACUUAAAUGCGAGUAUCUAUUCGAGAUGGACCCCCCUCCCCCGUAUAUAAGUCUUCACUUUUUUAAUGGUACCGGAAAAAUAAUUGUUAAGUCGCUAAAAAUAUGAAUUCUACUCAGCCCUUAAUUGUUUUUAAUAAUUUUAACGUCCGUGAAGUGAAACAAAAACGAACGAGCGUUUUAAAUGACAUCAUUUUCUUCACCUAUAUUAAUAUAUAAUUUUAUUACCCGCCCAGAAUCGCUAUAUUUUCGUCGAUGUAGAAAAGUUAUUGUUUUACCGUUAUAUUUUUUAGUUAUAACGAUUAAUCGCACUGCAAAUACGUUUCAUUUCGAAGUAAUAAUUACGGGUACCUGAUUUAAAAUCGAUAUUUGUUUUGUUUUUAAAAUGUACAAUGUAAAAUGUAAGUAUUUUGUUUACAAACUAAAUUACGCGGUACGAACGAAUUCGUAAUGCAAAUGUAGGUAGGUAGGUACUUGUAUACUAUUUUCUUUUAUUGUUUGUCCGUGAAAGUUUUUUCUAACGAAAUAAAUUAUUCAAAUUGAUUUAAAUGAUUUUUAUCAAUAAAUAGUAAUUGCAUUUCAUGUAUAUAAUAAAUUGUAUACAUAUGUAUUUUAAAUGUUCGGUAUAGUAAUUUAAUGUCAUCAUUCCGGAUUAUUUAUUUAUCACGCACUUAAGUAUAUUAUUAUUAUUAUUACUGUAAGUUUUGAUUCUGAAAAUAGUGAAAAAAAAAAAGGCAAUAAAAUGGAUCUAUUAAAAUGUUUCUUUUGUCAAUUUAUAAAUGGCUGGUGACAACAGUUGGUCCCUAAAGAGUAGAGUUGUUGCAAUUUUAAUCCGAUUGCUGACAAAGGCCGUUUUGAAACCAACGAGACAUACAGAAGGAUGAAAAAAAAAUUAAAUAAAAGAAAGAAAAAUAGAAAAACGCCAUGUUACAGGGCUAUAAUAAUUCUUUGUCAAAGUUUAGUGGAUAAUUUUAUUCUUAUCGCAAUAAAUCCGUUUAACCCAUUUGACUUUUUCUAUAGCUAAAUCGCUCAGAAAUACGGGCAAAAAUUAUUUGUUGCUUACGAUCAGUGUCUGAAGUUUAAUAUAUUAUUGUAAACAAUUAUUUAAACACUUUUUAGACGGAUAAUAGUAUCCGUCUACAUUUAAAUUAUUAAAUUAUUAAUAAUUUAUAUGUAAUUUAAUCUAUAGGUACUCAAUACUAUAGCGUAAUUUAUUAUUCAAAUACAAAUUUCGUUAUUGAUUAUAAUAGAGAAUAUUUAAUAACGUUAAUAAUAAAAGUUUUUUUUUCAAAUACUAUAUUUUAUAGUUUGCUGUAUAGACAUGCAAAUUAACCACAUAGGUAUAUAGUAACAUUUUUAUUUGAACGAAAUUCGAGUAUUUGUAUUGUUAUUAAUAAUAUUAGUAUUUGAUCUAUGCAAAUUGAAAAAUAUUUGUAAUAGUGGAUACUGGGUAAACAUGACAAAAAUCAAUAUAACAUAUUAUUAUUUGUUUAAAUUUACUUUUUAAUCGUACUUCGUUUUUAAGCAUAUAAUCAGAUCGCGAUAAACUUUUUAAAAAUUAAAACAAUAUUGAAUUUAAACACGAAUUAAAAAUACUUACAUAAUAAAAAUAAAUUGCAUUUUAUACUAAUGUUAAUAUUAGAAGGUUAAGUAAAGUUAGUAUUAGAUUAGGCUAGGUUAAGUUAAAUUGCCCUCAGGCCGGAGGCUAAGUAGUGUGUGCCAGGCCGGAGGAAGUAAUGCUAACACGGUUGCCUCCGGCUCGGUGGUGCUUAAUAAGAAAAAAAAAGGUUAGCUUAGGUUAGAUUGAUUAAAUUAUGUGCGAAUUUCUGCUGUAGAUAUGGGAUUUCUGUAAUUGAAAUCAUUUAAAAGUCCAAAGAUUAAUAUUAUGCAUUCGGAAAAUAUUAAAAAAAAAAUCGUUACCUUGAAUUCGAUUAACGUAACGCGUAUACUAUGUACGCGUAGGUGUACUAGAAAAUAUUGUUGAGUUGAUUUUUUUUUUCAAACGAUAUUUUUUUUUUUAUUAAUUUGUCUUUUUUUAAUAGUACCCUAGAUUUAAAUUUUCGCGAACACCCGAAAAUUAUAUAAUUUAUUAUUCAACUUACAUAAUAUGCAGGACUCACCGGGCUAUAAACUUUUCAAAUUUAUGUUUAGAACAUGCCUUGCAAUGAAUAUGACGUGUAUGGCAUAAAAAAUAAUAUAACACAUUAUAAAUUGGGGACUUUAGGUGUAUAUCUAAGCUGUGAAUAAGGAAUUAUGCAAAUCCAUCGUAAUAUUUUAUGAUAAUAUUCUAUGUACAACACUAAUCGUAUUACACAAGAAUUCUCAUUGAGAUCCGGGAUCAUGUGAAGUCUACACAUCGGUUGUUCGGAGGUCUGUAAACAACUUUUCGACCUGUAAUCUUGCUUCAAUCUUUUGUAAUGGUUCUUGACAGAAAAUGUUCUCUAGUCGCUGCAAAAUCUUGUCUUAAAAAACGGGGAAAAUACGCCAAUAUUUACGCAAUAACGGUUUUUGUUAAUUUUGGCUACGUUAUAUUUUGUUAUUAUUCAAUGAAAAAUAAAUAACCGUAGAGACCUGCGAUGACCGAAUAUUCAUAUUUACAAUUUUUCUAGACAUGAUCCAAUUUUCGAAUUAUUCUGUCGUUUUUUGAAUUAUUUACAACUAUUUAUUUAAAACUGUAGAGCUCUUUUUGUUUUUGUUUUAUGUGAAUAAAAUUAUUUUGAUUUCGAAUGAAUGCUCGAAAAUUUGGUACAACAUUCUUUAAAAGUUGUUAUUAUGGUGUGUACAAAUAUCAAAAAUCUAUAGUAAGCCAACUAGGUAAUACUAAAUAAUAAUUUAACUUAUAAGCAAAUUCGAGUAACUUAUAUAGAUUACAAAUUUUCAGGAAAUUGAUAACUUAGUUAAAACUUCAAAGUUACUUUGUUUAAAAUUAUCCUGUUCUAUAAACUCAUAAACGUAUUUUGUACUCUAAUAUUUAGACUUGUGUAGGUUUACUAUACACAACCCGUGUGGGUAUUUCAUAUAGGUACCUGUUCAGACCGCAUUCUCGUUUGUAAAUACCUACCUGAAAUCUAGUUUUAAUCAAAAACUUUAUAAGGCCUUUCUCGUAGACAUUUUAAUUUAGUUGAUAUAAUAUGUAGGUCAGUUUUUAAUACUAUUCGUAGUUUUAUUAAUAAGCGGAAAAACUGAACAUUUUUUUGUACAAUUUUAGUGGAUUGCUGGGUUACUUUAGCAACAAAGCCGAAAAAUACCUCUAAUAAUACACUGCUCAAAUUAUUUAUCGUCGCGUACCGAUGUAAAUUAAACUACUUUAUAACAUAUAUAUCCUCCUUUCUGACUUUUAUUCUAAAACAGUAUUACGCUCAUUGGCAGUAUCAGUAUUUUUUUUUUUACAACUAGUUAAAAGUUAUAAAAAAAAAAAAAAACCUAAAAAUAAACUCGUCACGUUUUAGCUUCAAACUUUUCAACUAGUUACCUAUGUACAGUUAUACUGGCUCUGUCGAUUUUCCGACAAAUACUAUAUUACACCCCGCGAUGUUUUUUCCCGAUUCGGCGACCGUACCCACCAUUAAAAUAAAUAUUCACGAGUCAACGUUAUUUUGUUUUUAUUUUAUUUUUUAUCUCCCGUUUUGUGUUUUUUCGCAUAGGCGCCGAGGUGGGCAUCAGCACGGCCAGAAUACACGCGCGCGGUCCCGUGGGCGUCGAAGGACUUCUGACCACCAAGUGGAUACUGAACGGCGACGGUCACGCGGCCGCCCAGUUCGCCGAAGGCGGCAGCCGGACCUACGUGCACGAACACUUGCCGGUGGACAAAUAG